AUGGCUCAAAAAUCAGUCCGAGUUACUAAGAAUUUUAGUGCAUCUUCAGCCGGUAUCCCGGGUAGCCGAACUAGCUUUAGCACCGUUUCGGUCACCCGAGGAGGUGGUGCAGGCUUUGGACGUGUCAGUGGUGGCUUUGGCAGCAGAAGCCUCCAUGGUUUCGGAGGGAGUAAAAGAAUUCCCAUGAGUAGCUAUCGUGCUGCCAGAUCUGGAUAUGGUUAUGGGUUAGGUCAUGGUGGAGUUGGGUACAGGAUCGUUGGUGGUGGUGGCUAUGGAGCUGGAGCCGGUGGCAUCCAUGAGGUUACGGUCAACCCAAACCUCCUGGCACCUCUCAACCUUGAGAUUGACCCAACCAUCCAGAGGGUGAGGAAGGAAGAAAAGGAGCAGAUUAAGACACUCAACAACAAAUUUGCUUCCUUCAUUGACAAGGUCCGUUUCCUGGAGCAACAGAACAAAGUGCUAGAGACCAAAUGGAGCCUCCUGCAGGAGCAAAAGAUUUCCUACCGGAACCUUGAACCACUAUUUGAAGCAUACAUCAAUGGUCUAGUGAGGCAGCUAGAGAAUAUUUCAGGGGAGAAGCCACGGCUAGAUUCAGAGCUGAAGAACAUGCAAGAUACAGUGGAGGACUUCAGGAUCAGCUAUGAAGAUGAAAUUAACAAGCGCACAGCCACAGAGAACGAAUUUGUAGUGCUCAAGAAGGAUGUGGAUGUUGCCUUUAUGAAUAAGGUUGAGCUGGAGGCCAGAAUGAAUUCCUUGGCAGAUGAAAUCGAUUUCCUGCAACGUUUCUAUGAAGAAGAAAUAGCCAAUUUGAAGGCUCACAUUUCUGACACCUCUGUCGUGCUGUCUAUGGACAACAACCGAAACCUGGACCUGGAUAGCAUCAUUGCUGAGGUCAAGGCUCAGUAUGAAGACAUUGCCAACAGAAGCAGGGCUGAGGCUGAAUCCUGGUAUCAAAGCAAGUAUGAAGAGUUGCAGCUUUCAGCUGGAAGACACGGAGAUGACCUGCGGAAUACAAAGACUGAGAUCUCCGAACUGAACCGCAUGAUCCAAAGACUCCACUCCGAGAUCGACAAUGUGAAAAAACAGUGUGCCAGCCUACAGGCAGCCAUUGCUGAUGCAGAGCAGCGUGGGGAACUCGCUCUUAAAGAUGCGAGGAUAAAGUUAGCUGAACUGGAGGAGGCUCUCACAAGGGCCAAGGCGGACAUGGCCCGUCAGUUGCGGGAGUACCAGGAGCUCAUGAACGUCAAGCUGGGCCUGGAUAUCGAGAUCGCCACCUACAGGAAGCUGCUGGAAGGAGAGGAGAGCCGGCUUGCUGGAGAGGGUGUCGGUGCAGUCAACGUCUCGGUGGUCCAUUCCUCUGGAGGCAUGAGCUACGGCAGUGGCAGUGCCAUGGGCCUUGCAGGCGGGGCGGGGCUCAGCUACGGAGGAAGCCUUGGCCUUGGAGGAAGCAGCUUCAACUCCAGCAGCAGUGGGAGGGGGCUGGCUGGGAGCAUGGGUUCGGCCAGGGGGAGCAGUUCCAGCAUGAAGAUUGUGUCAAAAACCUCUACAACCCGAAAGAGCUACCAGAGCUAAAGGCUUCAGCUAAGUCAGACCAG